AUGGAACGAGCAAAGCAGAAGCGUGCAUCCAGAAGACGUCAGGUGACGAAACUCAUCGGCGAAGCAUCUACGGCUAUCGCUAACGAAUCGACGGACCGGAUGUUACUUGAGAGUCUUCUGGAACGGUUGCGGGUAAAUAACGAAGAACUCACGCAUCUUAAUAACGAGUUGGAACAGCAUCUGGAGGAUGACGAGAUGGAAUCCGAGCUGGACAUCGCAUUGCAGUAUGAGGACAACGCCGUAUGCACCAUGGCAAAUUUGCGAACGAAGAUCUCCGGCCUUGGUGCUACUCCAAUAGCAACGACAGCUCAAGUGACUGCAUCGUCGCCUCAAUCCAACAACACAACGAAAUCCAACGGUAUCCGACUUCCCAAGUUGCAACUUGUGAGGUUCCGCGGCGAGCUGUCAAUGUGGGGAAGCUUCUGGGAACAGUUCAAAGGCGCCGUUCAUGAAAAUGACUCCCUCACCAAGGCGGAGAAAUUCUACUAUCUACGCUCUUUGCUGGAUGGGCCUGCAGCUACCGCAAUUUCUGGUCUCCGAGCAACGGAGGAGUGUUAUACAGAUGCCAUCGAGGUGCUGACAGAACGUUUUGGUGACAAAAAACGCAUCGAAAGGGAACAUUUGUCAAGGCUUCGGACACUCCCGCACAUCAAAUCAUCACGUGAUGUGUACGGGCUUCGCAAGCUGUACGACCAUGUUCAAACGCACGUCCGAGGAUUGAAGGCGCUGGGUGUAACGAGCGAAACCUAUGCAUCGAUGAUGUGCGAGAUUCUUCUCUCGAGCUUGCCUACAGACCUGGCACUGGAUUACCAACGCCAAAAGAAGAGACUUCUUCUGUACGACGCAAGGGGUAAUCCAGGCAGCACGGAAACAUCGUCAGAAGCUGAAGGAGACGCCUCCGGUGAGCUCAAAAGUAUCCUUAACUUUGUCAGGAUAGAAAUCGAGAGCAUGGAAGGUGUCAACAUGGCCGAUAAAAGGCAGGACGUUAAUGACGGACACAGCAAGGACGCAUACAAAGCAGAUCCACCAUCAUCGCAUGUACUCUACAAUGACACUAGGAAAAGGACUGAAGCAUGUGUCUUCUGCAGAUCAGGAGCUCACACCACAGUGAAGUGCAACAGUUCAAUACCGCUAGACGAACGCAAAAGGAAACUAGCAAAAGAACAGCGCUGCUUCAGAUGCACUAAAAUCGGACACCGAUCACGCGAAUGUCGUUCCGGAAUUGUUUGUGCUACCUGCCACGGGAGACACGCGACUUCCCUAUGUGACCCAACUUGGACAAAAUCAACUGACAAUAACGAAGAUUCUGCAGGUGAUACAAAGAGUACCGCGGAAGCUAACGUGCUAUCAGCAAACAUGGCUACACCGACAAACGGAAACGAAGUCAUGCUCCAAACAUUUAGGGCAUUUGGUGUCCACGAAGACAGAAGUGUCUACUUCCGCGGAGUUAUCGAUGGAGGCAGCCAGAGAACCUUCAUUCGUGAAGACGUCGCUAAACUACUCAAGCUGGACGUAAUUGGUACGAUAACGCUACGUCUGAACACAUUUGCCAACUCCAAAACUGCAAACAGCAAAAAAUACAACGUUGUCAAAGUGUGCAUGAAAAGCCAACACACACUGGCCGAAGUAACACUUGAAGCCAUAGCCAUACCGUUCAUAUGCAAUGAUCUGAUUCAAACAGCUAUGGAGAACGAACUUGUGAAAGAAGUUCACGGCGACGGAGGUUUCCUGGCCGAUCAGAUUUUACCAUCAGCUUGUCCAACGAUCCACGGCAUUAGUUUCCUCCUCGGCUCAGAUCAAAUGUGGAAACUACUUACCGGCCAUGUGCGAAAAUCUCAAACGAACGACAGCCUAGCAGCCAUCGAAACUACAUUUGGAUGGACAUUCCAGGGCCCAUUAUAUACAGGAGCUGCCGUGCGGCAAAACGCCAAUCUUGUCAUUUGUGUGCUUAGGGUGGACACAGCUGAAGCGUGCCUAACAAGGUUUGAUGAUCUAGAAGCUAUCGCCAUCACAGACGACCCUAACUCUCCAACUGAAGUUGGUGCUGAAGUAAUGAGGCAUUUCACAGAUAGCCUCAAACGCAACGAAGACCGUUACAUUGUGUCCCUACCAUGUAAUGAACGACGCGAGAGACUUCAUGACAGCCAGAGCUGGUCAUAUUGCUCGGAUCCACAAACCCCAGCAGACGUGCUAACGCGCUUUACAACAAUCGAGAACAUAUCUCACAGUAAUCUGUGGCUCAGGGGACCGGAACGGCUUGCGUCAACGCAGAUCAAAUUUUCACCUGAGACUUUGCAAACGGACGACGCAACAUCCGAGGCGAUUUACAAAGCAGUCGAAGAGGAACGACAGAUCGCGAAGCCAGUGGCUGUCCACCUCAUCCCUGGGAAAGCAUCUCUUCUAGGAAACGAACGAGCCAGCAAGCCACAAAGGCUCAUCCGUGUCACCGCAUGGGUUCGAAGAUUCACGUCGAACUGCCGCAACGCAGCCGGCUACAGGAGACGAGGGCCUUUGGACACGUCUGAGCAUUGGAAAAAACGGGCUCAACAUGAGGCAUAUCUUAACGCCAUUAUGGUGGUUCGUGAAAAUUCUAUAAACAAGUACAAGACAUCGUCACUAGGUCGGCGACUCGAGGGAAGACGGCACUUUUCAUCACGCACGAAGGGACGGCCAUAUAUGUUCGUGUACCCUGCGUUUGCCAGGUGGCGCCCUAUUGCGCCGUGCAGCACAACAUAUGUAUCUAUUGGAAUGCAGGAGUUCUUAACUCCAACACCCCAUUUUGCCGGCCGGGAGGAUGUAACAGAACACGGACUCAACGCGAACGGAGGAGCGGACAGUGACGGUGGACAAUUUAUGGCCGACCGUUUCGGGACGAUCCCCCACGCUCGCUCCUCACUGUAA